AGGGCUGCCUAUAAAGAGAAGGGCAGAUGGCUUCUAAUGCCAGAAGGACACAGGCAGCAGGGAGGACCCAGGCCCUUCUUGGAUCUGCUCAUACUUGAGACCACACACUGUCAUCCACUGAACAUCAUGCAGGUCUCCACGGCUGCUCUUGCUGUCCUCCUCUGCACCAUGUCUCUCUGCGACCAGGUCUUCUCUGCACCAUUGGGUGCAGACACCCCAACGGCCUGCUGCUUCUCCUACGUGGCCCGGCAGAUUCAACGCAAAUUCAUAGCGGACUACUUUGAGACCAGCAGCCAGUGCUCCCAGCCAGGUGUCAUCUUCCUAACCAAGAGAGGCCGGCAGGUAUGUGCUGACCCCAAUGAGAACUGGGUCCAGGAAUACGUCACUGACCUGGAGCUGAAUGCCUGAAUGGCCUGGAGGCAGCAAGGAACCCAGUGACCUCCGUGGGCCCUGUGGGGAGCAGGGGCCUGAGUCUUGGAAGCAUCCCUGUGACUCCAUAGCUACCUCUCCUAUGGCUGGUUGUUUCUGAACAGCCUCACUCUGAACUUAGAUUUUAUUUAUUUAUAUUAUUUUAGUUUUAUAAUUUAUUUUUAUAUUCGUUUCAUUUUCUGACUGUUUGUUCCAAAAGAUCCCAAGACAAAUUCUUUGCCACUCAUCCCCUCCAGCUUUGCUCACACUGUUUGGUGACAAUCGAGUGGCUGUCAUGGGCUUGUUCUAGGAAGACAUGGUAUCCAAGCCACCAAACUGGCAGAUAUGGAGUGGGUCCUUUUGCACUGACCGACACACAGUGGCUCCUUGGCUCUGAGCUGUGUCCAGCCUGGUGAAAUAAUAAAGAUGCACGUUUUAAAAGAAAACUGGUAUGGAGUUUGCUUUUGUUUGUCCAGAAAAAUCAGAAUUACUGGUUAAGAGGAAUAAGGGCAAAUAAUAGGAAGGUGUGACAUGGAAGGACUUGGGGGGAGAAGAACAGGGCUACUGCAGUUACUCCACUCUACACCGGAGGUGCAGUUCUGGAAUAUUCCAAGCUACAAACAUUUUGUGAUUCUUAAUGUACCUGCUCUAGGAAAAUUCCCUUCUUGAAUGGAUACCAUAAACAAAAUCAACCAAAAUGAUUUUUAGCACCAAAGUGAAAGUACAAAUAACCUGUAUGGGAGCCAACUUCAUGGACCAGCUAUGCCUUUUAGUUAGUAGAAGAGUCAGGCAUCAGAGGACUCACUCCCUGGAUGGAAAAUGGCCCUCAUCACAGGGGAGGUAUGGGUUUAUAUAGGUUAUACACUGGGAGAUGAGUUAACCAUUGAAGACUUUAUCAGAACCUAUCAGUUUGGACAUUCAGGAAACAGGUUAUGAGAAUUUGAAAUUCGUAUUUACUAAGGCAAGGAUGGAGGGUCCAGAGUUCAGCACUUAUCUCUUUCCCUCCAGGAUCUAUUUUACUGUCACUGAGAAAAGAUCUAUUUGGGGAAGGAUCAAUGUUUU